AUGAACAUGAAUCUCACUACAACAGUUUGUGCACAUGAUGUUAAGUUCAGUGUGGUGCUACAACCUAAUUAUGAACAUGAAUCUCAAGCAGAGGUUAUUUCUAAUGAUGAAGCUACUCAUGCAGUAGAAUCAUUACUCCUAUGCAACAUCAGCUUAUUGCAGUCCAAAGCUUCUUCGACCAAAAAGUGCAGUGAUGUAAUUUGCAAGAAAAGUGACAUCAAGCAACAGAAUGAUGAAAUCAAAAAGAUUAGAGAUGAAGUAAAUCAGUUCCGAAAUAUGGUUGAAGAGAAAAUGAGUACAAUUAAUAAUGGAAUUGGGGAUAUACUGGGUCAAUUAGAUGGAACGUUACUCUGCAAUAAAAGGCGGACUGGAUGUCCGGAUGGCUUCACGCAACACCAAGGCUCGUGCUACUUAUACGUUGACUCGGGAAGCGUAUCAUGGUUUGAAGCAAACUACCGAUUUCUUAUCGAAUCAGCUGAAGAAAAUAAAUAUAUCGGGGAUAUUAUCGGGAAUGACCGGCUUUGGAUAGGUGGAAUGCGUGGAUCUACAGAUAAGCCUUGGAACUGGAUGGGUAGUGAAGGCAAAUCUACACCUCAGCAAUAUACUAACUGGAUUGAAGGAGAACCCAACAAUGCUGGUGGUGACGAAGAUUGUAUGGAAUUAUAUCAAUACCAAUGGAAUGAUGAAAACUGUGAAAAAAAGCAAAAUUACAUUUGCGAGAUCAAUUUGUAAAAUAAAAUAACUUAUCCAAGUGUUUCAAUAAACGUAACACCUUGACA